GGCAGCAUAGGUGCGCGUUCCUUUAGGUCCAGAGACAGGCACUCCAAGGAGUGAGCAGCGGUCUCUCUGAUAGGUUACAGAUGUGCUUCAAAGUGAGCUGCUCAUUUUCAGUCCUGGAAAUCACGUGGCUGUUUUCCUGUGGACUGGGCUCCGGGGAGAGGCUCUCUCUCAUCCUAUGAUCGCAGUGAAGCAAACUCACUCCGCUCCUCACAUUUAGGAGGAAGACGAGGAGGAGGUGGAGGAGGGGGAGGAACUGAGCGCAUCGCCGAAUCCGACCGCCGCACCGCUUUUCAUUUUUCUCGAGCUCCCCCUGACAAGAGCCGGCGCGGACGGGAGAAACAUCGGGGGGUCUUGUGUGUGGAGGAGGGUGGACUCAGACUCAGAGCGCAGCGAUGACGGGCAAAUCUGUGAAAGACGUUGACAGAUACCAGGCGGUGCUCAACUCUCUGCUGGCGCUGGAGGAGAACAAAUACUGCGCCGACUGCGACUCUAAAGGUCCAAGAUGGGCUUCCUGGAAUUUAGGCAUCUUCGUUUGCAUCCGCUGUGCUGGGAUUCAUCGAAAUCUUGGGGUCCACAUCUCAAAGGUCAAGUCUGUCAACUUGGAUCAGUGGACACAGGAGCAGGUCCAGUGCGUUCAAGAGAUGGGAAACGCCAAGGCCAAGCGUCUCUAUGAGGCCUUUUUACCUGAAUGCUUCCAGAGGCCCGAGACAGACCAAGCUGCAGAGAUCUUCAUCAGGGACAAGUAUGAGAAAAAGAAGUAUAUGGAUAAAGUUAUUGACAUCCAGAUGCUCAGGAAAGAAAAAAGUUGUGACAACAUCCCUAAGGAGCCUGUUGUGUUUGAGAAAAUGAAACUGAAAAAAGAGGUGAGCCCGAAGACAGAUUCCCAGGCCGUUACAGAUCUACUUGGACUCGAUGCACCUACUCCCAGUCCUGCGGUGUCUAAUGGUGGAGGAUGUGUUCCAGACAGUAACGAGAGCCCGGCAGCGUCUAAUCCAGCUCAGGCACAAUCUGCUCUGGAUCUCUUUGGUUCUCUUCCAGCCCCAUCCUCAGUGUCCUCUACGAAAACUACGCCUGCAUUCAGCUCCUUGCCUCAAAGCAGAGUCACCGCCUCAGUGCCUGAAAACCUCAGCUUGUUCAUGGAUCCAAAACCCAAAGCAGAGGAAGGCGCCGUCAAGAAGCUGUCCAAGGAUUCCAUCCUGUCCCUGUAUGCCUCCACGCCUUCGCUGCACGCCAGCGGUAUGGCCACACACGGCUUAUAUAUGAACAGAGUAGGAUUCCCGACACAUCCUUACGGCCCAUACCAUUCUUUAGCCCAGGUUGGGGGGAUGGGAGGCGCCAUGAUGACGUCACAAAUGGCCAUGAUGGGUCAGCAGCAGAGUGGUUUAAUGGGGGUUCACCAGAACAGCAUGAUGGGAGCCCAGCAGAACUGCAUGAUGGGACAGCAGAACGGAUUAAUGGGCGGUCAGGGUGUCAUGGCUCAGCCAAGCGGCGCUGUGGCAACACCUUACAUGACAGGGAUGGGCCAGGGAAUGAUAGGACAGCAGCAAAGUGGAAUGGUCUUGCAGCAGCAGAAUGGAGUAUUGGCUCCACAGCAGAGUGGGAUGACGGGACAGCAGCAGGUUGGAGGCAUGGGCCCGUUACCUCACCAGCAAAUGUACGGAGUGCAACAAGGCCAGCAGCUUCAGUGGAACAUGGCUCAGAUGACUCAGCAAGUAGCUGGCAUGAAUCUCUACAGUACCAACGGCAUGGCAGGAUACGGGAGCCAACACACAGGAAGCUCAACAGCUCCGAGUUCGGCGCACAUGACAGCACACGUCUGGAAGUGAUUUUAUACACCUAAAAGCUGAAGGAACAUCUUCAAGAUGAGAGCAACGAACGGAUUGGGAAGAACGCGAAACAUUUUGAAAUGCAAGGCAACAGGAGGAGGAGAAGACGGGCGUGAAGAAGAUUUUGGAAAUGAUUACUACCUCUGUCUCUCUCUCUCCUCUCUACCUAAGCCUCCUCUCGCUGUCCCAUUCAUAGCCAUGUUCUGCAAAUUUCCAUGUUUGCCUUCAGGACAUUUUGGUACCAAGACAACAGGGUUCAUAGACCUUUGCUUAGGCAUUCACAUCUUUAUUUGUAUCUAAUCGUUACAUGAGAGUAUCUCCAUAUCCCCACAUGUGUAUUCAGUAGGUGUGAAGAAGCUGCUUUGGCUUUUGGAAAAUUUCUUUUUUUUUUUACCCUGAGGUUGAGCACAGAGAUUUGCCUAUCCUAAAAGUCAAAUUUAUUGAGACAAGACAAAGAAAAUAUUAGGCACCUUGUGGGAUUUGUUUGUAAUCUAUGCACCGUCAGGGUUUCCUGAUGCAAGCUCAUUCAAAACGACAAUUGCUACAUAUCGGCAUGAACCAUGUGUAAAGCAGUGGCUACAAUAGCAAAUGGUUUGUUAUCAACACAAAAACUGAGUGCAGAAUCUAGCUUAAAGUACAUUUUUUACAGGUGCUAGUAAACAGUUAGUUAUAAACACAUAAGAUAACAAAAAUUGACUAGGCUAAUUUCCCUUUUCCAAUGGCAUUUAAGGAAACAAAUAAACAGUGAUGUAACAUCCACCGUAUUGUGAAUGGUUAAACAGGCUAAUUCAAGCUAUGCUAAUUUUCCCUAUCCUUGUAGCUAGCAAAAAUAUUAAUAGUCAGGAUUUUUAAACUAUCACAAAUAACUCUGAUGGAAAUCCGUGUCCAUUUAAUGUAUACUUCCUUGCAAGUAGAAGAAGCUGCUGCUAAUUACUCCACCUGAGAAUCAAUAUAAAAUAAUGAGGCUAAUUUCCCAUUUUUUGGUGGUUUGCUAAGGUUUGCUCAAAAUGUGUUUUUAGGUGUAUAAGGCCACACAAUAUAUUCACGUAAUUUCCAGAAUAACACAGAUGAUUGAAAAGUUAAUUUCCUAUUUACAGGGUAUUACCUUACAAGAGAAAUGAAAUAUAUUUUAUAGGAACAGACGGAAAUCAAGCUAAAAUAUGCUAGGCUAAUCUUCCCUUUCCAUUAGGAUGCUAAAAUUUUGCUUUUAGCAUGGGGUAGCAAAUAAAUAAGAAUAACAUUUCCAAAUGGUCACAAAUUACUUUUUCUCGAUAGUGAAAGAAACUGCUGCUAACUGUUUUAUAUGAUCAACUAAAAGUGACGUUAAAACAAACUAUGUUAAUCCUUUUUUAGGAUUAGGAUACUAAAAUGUGCUUAGCAUUUCCCUUUUUUUUGUGCAUGGGAUCGAAAAAAACAAAUGAAACAGAUUUUCCAAAUGUUUGGCAAAUGUCCUCUCUUAAAUAAAUAGCAAGUAAAGAAUAUUAUGAUGUCCAAUUUGCUACAAAUUGCCAAAUAUUUUGAGCAAAGUGUCUCACAUGAAGCACAUUCUCCUAAAACUGAGUUGAAACAAGCUUUGUUCCAGUGGGAUGCUAAAAUUAGCUCAAUAUAACUAUUGAAAUGUACAAUGUAGUGAAAUACACAACUAGAAUGUGGUGACUCAUGGCUACUCAUUUUGAAGAGAGAGUCCUAUUUAAAGUGUAUUUUCUAAUCUCAUUUCCAAUGACCAGCCAUGACUUAAAGCAGGCUAGGCUAAUUUUUUCUUUUCCAGUAGUAUGCUAAAAUGAGCUAUAUAUUAGCAAUUACAUGAUUUCCCAAAAGUUUAAAAUCGUUUGAAUGGCUUUAAUGUUCUUUAUUAAAGCCAUUCAAAAAAAGGGUCCCAAGUGAAAAGAUUCUUUUGCAAAAAAAAUCUCUUUAAGUGUUUGAGUUCCUAGAGCAACAUUGUUUUGAAACCUAGAACUGCGACAAAGCCUACCUAAACAACAUUUCUAUAUGAUGUCUGCUUUUCAAAAUACUGAGGGCUUUAUUUAAAUUCUUAAUAAAGUGUCAAAAAAAAGUCCUAUACUGGAUUUUUGCAGACCAAAGAUUAGCACUAGCUUUACUAAGACUGUACAGUAUUUUAUUUUUUUCUUUUCUCAAAUUGCCACCUAGCUAGUGACUAGUAUAAAAAUGACCACAGCAUUUUAGCUGUGUCUUUGGGAAUACCUGCUGUUACACUUCACUGUGCUAUUGCCUCAGAAAGGGUGGGACACUCUCAAAAGAUUGCAUGUUUUUGUCGUCCUGUAACUGCACAAACACCUUAAGCUGACUAUCCACCUUGUACAAUUGUGGCCUCAAACAACGUUGAAUGUCCCGAAGCGAGAGUGAAACCAAGGAGGGGGUGAUUAUCAGUCGCGUUUCAGAUACUUCCACAGAACUGCAUGAAAAGAAUGUUUAUCCACCAUCGACUGUGCAUACUGUACGUUUUCAGAUUACCAGAUGUUUCUAUCUACUGUAUAUUCUAAUCAGUCUGUGACCAAGACUAACAAAACUAUCAAUGAAUGUGUGUCAUGAAUGUUCUCCUGAUUGUAAUGGGUACACAGACUUGACUAUUGCUGCCAUUGUUGUUGUUUAUUUUAUUUAUAUUAUUUGAAUGCGUCCAACAGUGUGCACUUGUCUUUCGAAUGUCCUGUGGUGGAAUGCCUUUCCGUCAGGUUCUGUUCCAUCGUCAUUUCGCCGCUGUGUUGGGAGCAAACUGUGAUCAGACUGAUUUAGUCUUUUUUUUUUUUUCCAGGUGAUUCAGGAACACUUACAGUCUGGCCAACAUACAAUGCGAAGUGGAAAAGAGAAUGUGCAUACACAAAUCUACCACCUCGCAAAACUUCAGAGAACCUCGUCUUUAUCUUUGCCGUUUACAGUUGCCCUUCCUUUUGAAAUGCAUGAAACCAUUGCUGAAAACUCUCUCAGUUUUUCCACACUUGGUUACCUUCUGUUUAACCGGUUUUGGUUCUGAAGCCACUGCUUUUGAUGCUUAAAGUGAGAGACUCACAGUAAUAUCUGCACACACCGCAACUUUCACAGCUCUGUUCUUUAAAGCUAUAUUCUUUUUUUUUUUUUUCCAGUUGGGCUAAAUUUGGGGGCCACGUGACUAAAAUUGCUGGCUCGGCAGAAACAUUUAUCUGCUAAGAUUGUACACUGUAAUAUUAGAUUUUGUUGGAGAACACAGGACUUCAUGGAAAAGGUUCCCUUGUGUCCAGUCCUUUUUUCUCUGUUACAUUUCCUGGGAAAUGAAAGAAAACGAAGGAAUGUACCUUUUUGUCAUGUCAAUAUGUAGUGAGGUUUUAUUCUUUAAUAGGAUAUCUGUACAUUACAUUCAUAAACAGGAUUGAUGGAUUCGUUCUGUAUAUUAGCUCCGCAUUUUUUUCACAUGCGUUGCCUCUUUUAGUUUUAUGUCUUCAUGAAAUCCAUGAAUAAAAGUUUGAUUAAAAAUA